AUGUAUGGUAUGAUAUGCAACAGGCUAGAUUUGGCAUAUGCUAUAAAUGUUAUCAGUAGGUUCAUGGCUGACCCAAGACCUAUGCAUUGGUGUGCUCCUAAAUUGACCAUGAGAUACUUAAAUGGUUCAUUGAAAUUAGGUUUAAGGUUCAAAAGAGUUGAACAAGACAUAGAGCCGAUCAAAGGCUAUGUGGAUUCAGAUUAUGCAUGUAAUACUGAUACUAGAAAAUCAAUUUCUGGUUAUGUUUUUACACUUUUUGGUACAAGUAUUUGUUGGAUGGGAAUUCUUCAAUCAGUGGUAGCUCUAUCAACAACACAAGCAGAAUUCAUUGCCCUAACUGAAAGUGUUAAAGAAGCUUGUGUAUGA